UGUUUUUCCUAGAGAGAGAAAAAGGAGAGGAGAGAGAGUUUCGUUUCGAUGGAGACGAGUCCAUCUCCUAUCGAUUGGUUUGCUUCGUUCACCGAUUCGGAAACCUAACCCUAGAAUUUUCAGAUCGUUUCAGAUGCUCAUUCGAUCCAAUCGAACGCUCAAUCUCUGAUCAAACGCUUAUCGUGGAAUAACCUUAAGCGGAUCUUGGAUCUCUGAUCGAAAGGUGUUGCAGAUCGCAUAGAGAAACGAUGCCGUCUCACGCGGAUCUGGACCGUCAGAUCGAACAUCUGAUGGAAUGCAAGCCUCUGUCGGAGUCUGAGGUGAAGACUUUGUGCGAUCAGGCUAGGACAAUCCUAGUGGAGGAAUACAACGUGCAGCCGGUGAAGUGUCCGGUGACGGUGUGCGGAGAUAUUCAUGGGCAGUUCUACGACCUCAUAGAGCUGUUUCGGAUCGGAGGGAAUGCUCCGGACACGAAUUAUCUUUUUAUGGGCGAUUACGUGGAUCGUGGGUACUAUUCAGUGGAAACCGUUACACUUUUAGUGGCUUUGAAGGUUCGUUAUAGAGAGAGAAUUACAAUCUUGAGGGGAAAUCAUGAGAGCCGGCAAAUAACUCAAGUGUAUGGUUUUUAUGACGAAUGCUUGAGAAAAUAUGGAAAUGCCAAUGUCUGGAAGUAUUUUACCGAUCUUUUUGAUUAUCCCCUUACAGCCCUCAUUGAGAGUCAGGUAUUCUGUUUGCAUGGAGGACUUUCACCAUCUUUGGAUACAUUAGAUAAUAUUCGAGGCUUGGACCGUAUACAGGAGGUUCCACAUGAAGGACCUAUGUGCGAUCUCUUGUGGUCGGAUCCUGAUGACCGUUGUGGGUGGGGUAUAUCUCCACGUGGAGCAGGCUAUACUUUUGGACAGGAUAUAGCAGCUCAGUUCAACCACACCAAUGGGCUCACUCUAAUCUCAAGAGCCCAUCAACUUGUCAUGGAAGGUUACAAUUGGUGCCAGGAAAAGAAUGUGGUGACUGUAUUUAGCGCUCCAAACUAUUGUUACCGGUGUGGGAAUAUGGCUGCAAUACUAGAGAUUGGGGAGAAUAUGGAUCAAAAUUUCCUUCAAUUUGACCCGGCACCUCGGCAGAUUGAACCUGACACCACUCGGAAGACUCCUGACUAUUUUUUGUAAUUUCCAUACUUCCGUCGGCUGUUUGUAAUCCUCGUUUGUUUUUGUGUUACUGUAGAUGUGUUAAAGAGGAGUUUUGUUGUUUGAGGAUCAUUGCCAAAAUCAUUCUUUUGUUUGGAGUUUGCACCAGUGCUGCUUUGAUUAUGUGCUAAAGAGACUCACAAGAAAAGUGAUUAGGGGCAUCUCAAGUGUCUUCUGUAUAUUUUUUUCAAGAGGAAGCAGCAAUAACGUGGUUUAUCUUGUUCUGUAAUUCUAAAAUUUAAGGAAGAUGUUUUCUGAAUAUCCCCUUUCCAAUGUUGUCGCAGCUCACGAGGAGGGUAAUCAAUCAGAUUGCUGAAGGCAAAGCAAUAAA